AUGGGCAAACUUUGACUGAUAAGACAUGCAGAAACAUACUAUAACGAGGCAUGCAGAGAAUGAAUAAGAUUAGGAAGACCUGGAAAUAAAAAUUUUCAAUUUGAGGAACGAUUUAUGGACUCUACAUUAACUGAUCUCGGGAUUCAGCAAUCUCAAGAAAUGAUUCCUCAAGUCCACAGCUUGGAUGUACAGAUAGUUUUCGUUUCUCCAUUAAGAAGAGCAUUGCAAACAUGUGACAUUAUUUUCAAAGACCACCCAAACCAUCCUUCUGUAAUUGUUCAUCCGAUCCUGCAUGAAAGAUUUCACAAUGCCCACGAUGUUUUUAAUUAAUUAAUUAAUUCUAUUUAAUAUCUUAUAAAAUUAUUUUUAAGAAAAAUAUUAAUUACCCAUGAUGUAUCAGUAUAUGAAGGCUCCCCGUUUCCAGAAUAUUCGCAUUUCGACUGGUCACUUAUGAAUUCUAACCCUCAUUUCCAUGCAUCUAUAUGUGAUAAUGAAUAUAUCAAACAAAUCGUCGGCCUUAGCUAUCAAGAAACAAGGGUUAAGCUCCUAGAAAUGAUGAGCUCAAUCGACCCUGAUUUCUUGGAGAAUGAAGAACAGCUGUUUAGAAGAGGAAAUAAAUCUAAAAUUAUAUGAAGAGAGUACUGCAGGACUCAAAACGUAGCCUUGGUCUCACACAGUGGAUUUAUUCGGUAUUUUUCAGGACGAUUAGAUAACUCAGGCAAUAUAAUUCAAGGCACACAAUUAAACAAUUGCGAAAUACUUGACUAUCAAGAUGACCUUUAA